GAUGCAAUUAAACAACCGUUGAUGGUACUUAAUCCUAAUAUUCAAAAAGAAGCGAUAAAGUGUUUCAAAACAAUUCAACGCAUAAUGGGUGAUAGGUCAAAAAGUCGUAGUUCUUCAAAUGUAUUGGAAAACAUCCAAUGGCUGUUAGAUUGUGGUAUUCUACAUGGCGAAUUACGAGAUGAGAUAUAUGUUCAAAUUUAUAGUAUAAGAAAAGGUUGGGAGCUUCUUAGCGUGGUGACAGUUACUUUCCCACCAUCUAAGAAUUUUGAGGCAUAUCUUAUGAAUUACAUAAGUGAUAGUUUUAAUGUGCAGGAAAACCAAAUAGACGUGUUGAGCAAACACGUGCAUAGUAGAUUGGUUAGGAUAUGUAAACGUGGUCCGAGGG